GCGGUAUUCACAUCCUGUAUGUCUGCAAAUAAGCGAGUAACGACAGAUCUAAGCGAUUCCAUUCUGCACGACUUGUAGGCAUCCGUUCAGACACUGAGCGUAGCAGAACAAUCGUGGGCGGAGUAAUAAUACGGUAUCCAAGCACAAGAAAACCGACGUCACACUCAAUCGCUCGGUUUCGCUUCUUGCAGACAAAAGUGCUGGCUCUUUUUUUUUUUUCUUCACUGCAUCUUUUUGAGCAUUUCCCCUUUUUCAUCUUUGGAAUAUAAGAAUGAUGCCUUCUUCUCGAUCACCUCGUCGUUACCAACGAUCUCCUUCACCUUAUCGUCGCCGUCGUAGCCGAUCACGGUCGCCUCGUCGAUACCGACGUUCACCUUCUCCACGUCGACCUUCAUCCUCUCCACGUCGACGUUCACCCUCUCCACGUCGACGCUCACCUUCUCCUCGCCGACAAGAUCGAUCGUCAUCUUAUUCACGCCGCCGAAAUUAUUCACGCGACAGCCCACGAUCGCCCGCCAACAACCGUCGAAGACGAGAUCAGAAGGAUGAAUUCGAAAUCAUUAAUGGGGUUCCCAGACUCCCCGGGGAAUCGGCUCUUGCAUAUCGUGAACGAGUCCGACAACAAACCACAGUGAUGGUGUGGGCGCCUUCUCCUGAACCUCGUCGUCGUUCACUGACACCAGAACAUGGGAAAUCGUCACGUAAACGUCGAGCUUUGUCCGACAGUGAGGAUUCAGAAAGCAGCAGUGAAGAGGAACGUCGUCGUCGGCGAAAACACAAACAUAAGAAAUCAUCCAGUCGUCGAAAGAGAUCCAGCAAACAUAAAAAGAGAAGACGCCAUGCUACCCCUUCCUCCUCGUCUUCCUCAUCGUCCUCCUCCUCAAGUUCAGAAUCAGAAACUGAAGACAGAGAUAUGCGUCUAAAUAAGCAUACACCGGAAAAAGAAGAAACUGUUCUUGAAGUGGAUCAAUCACAACUCGAUGCCGUCGACGACCUGUGGGUGGAAAAAGAAGUCAAUAUCGCUGACGAUUUAGCCCCUGUGGGCCCUGUACCCAUCUCUGCAGAUGACGAUAUGCCCGAUGAGAGAGCGUAUGGUGGAGCGUUGCUUCCUGGUGAAGGUUCUGCCAUGGCGGCUUAUGUACAGCAAGGCAAACGUAUUCCUCGUCGUGGUGAAAUUGGUUUAAGUGGUGAAGAAAUUGCUGAUUUCGAAAAAGCCGGUUAUGUCAUGAGCGGUAGCAGACAUCGUCGUAUGAAUGCUGUGCGUCUUCGUAAAGAAAAUCAGGUCAUUUCUGCGGAAGAAAAACGCGUGUUACUGCAGCAUGCUCAAGAACAACGCAUGAAACGUGAAAACGAAAUUAUUUCAGAAUUUAGAGAAAUCGUGAGCGACAAGUUCAAACGGGCAGAUUAAAGAACGCAAAUGACAAUAUUUGGAAGACA